GCGAUGACCAUGAGAUUGAGAUGAUGAGAUUGUCCGCGAUUUGUUUGAAAAGUGGCCAAAAAUCAAAAUAAAAACAACGCAUUAAUUAAUAAUUAGAAGCAAUCUCAUGCAAUACAUUAUAAAAUUAUUAAAUUUAUGAUACAUACUUACGUAUAAAUAAUAUUUACAAGCUGUUUAAUUUAUUAAAUUCGUUGGUUUAACCUUUUAACAACAUAACCUCCUGUCGUCUAUAAAAAUAUUUAAAAUGCAAAAUAUAGAACGUGUUUGGGGAUUUUGUGAUCUAUUUAUAGAAAAAAAUUUCGAUCUUAAUAAAGUGCAUUACAUUGAAAAGUUAGGUUUCAACACGAUAGCUCUAAACACCCACGUUGAAGAAGUUAGUGAAGAGCCCAAAAAGAAAAAGAAGAAAAACGAUCCGACGGAGAAGAAAGAUUAUGUGCCUUUACCAGUUGAGAUACCUGAAAAUUUUAAAAAAAAUUGCAAGCUUAACAUUUUACAGAGGGUUACUUUAGAAUUUUCAGACUCUAGUAUUUCACUUAAACUCAAUCAGUCAGACAACCUUAAGAAAUACGAUAUAAUCGCUGUAGUGCCUAAAACGUUACAAGCCUUCCAAUAUGCUUGUGGGAGCUUGGAUAUAGAUGUGAUAACAUUUGACCCUCAAAUAAGGAUACCUUUUAAAGUAAGUAGAAAGUUAUAUAGACAGGCAGUAGAGCGAGGUAUAUUUUUUGAAGUAAUGUAUUCAGCAGCCAUAAGAGAUUCAAUGUCGCGGAAGAAUAUAAUAAGUGCUGCACAUGGAUAUCAUGCUGUUGGCAAAUCUAAAAACAUUAUUGUCUCGAGCGGUGCCGAGAACUAUACACAGUGCAGAGGUGUACAUGACGUCAUCAAUCUUGGUUUUAUACUCGGUUUAAAUAGCAACCAGAGUUUGGAAGCCAUCCGGGAUAACACACAGAGGUUGAUUCUUAAAAUGCAAGGCAGAAAGUGUGGUAAACAUUACAUGGAAGUUUCUCAUGUAAAUGAAAAUAAAUUGAAUGAGGAAUAGAAA